UAUUUCGGGUACUGUAUUUAAUAAUAAAAUCCUUUUUGUUAAUAUUUUCAAUAAAUAUUUAAUUAUUACUUUAAAUUUCAUUUUAUACAAAAAAAUAAAAAAUUUCCUCUUUUUUCUCAAAUUUUGUUUUUAGAAGAACUUCAAAUACCAGACCAGAUAGAACAAACCAAAAACUAGCAAAAAUUCAUUUUCCUUUUAGGGUUUUUGCAAUUUCUUUGAAUUUUUUCUGUUUAAUUUUGAAAAAGAAAAUAAAUUAAAAUUAAUGGUUAAUGAAAGAUGUUUUUAUCUUGUUUAGCAGAGUAAUAGUAAUGGAGAAGUUUUGAUUUUUCAGUGAAAAAUCUAGUCAGUUAAGUUCAAAGUUAGUUCUUAAGUUUAAGGUUGAACUAGUUUAGUACUAGAUUUGGUUGACAGUUGUUUGUGUUUCAGUGAGUUCUUGUCUUUUUGAGUUCAAAAAGCUUUCAUUUUACUUUUUGAAAAUUUUGGUCUAAAGAAAAAAGUUUGAUUUUUUGUGUUUUUUUGAGGGUUUGGAGACAUCUUGAGUGAGUAAUUGAAACUGGGUUGGGAAAAAGUUUAGAUUUUUUCUAGGGUUUUGAAGAGAAUCUAUGUAUGGAAGGAAGGGAUGGUACAAGUUCUGGUGGAGGAGUUACAGUGAUGGGUGUAGAUGCUGCAUCAAACUUUCAUGUAGCACCUAGAAAUGAAAACCCUAACAGUAAUAACAAUAAUAAUAAUCAAGUUGUUGUCACUGGUGGAUUAACUUCAGUGAGUAGUACUGUAGGUUCUUCUUCACCAGGAGGAACAUCUGGCAAGAAAAAAAGAGGUAGACCUAGAAAAUAUGGACCAGAUGGAGCUGUUUCUUUGGCGUUAUCUCCGAUUCCAAUAUCCGCUUCAGCACCUUUGCCUUCACCUACUACAACAACAGCCGGCAGUGGUGGUGGUGGCGAUUUCUCGGCGAAGCGGGGUAGAGGGCGGCCAGCUGGUUCUAUGAACAAGCCACACCAACCUAAGCCUAGUCCUAAAAACGAGAUGGAGAAUUUAGGUGAGUUGAUUCCAUGCUCUGUUGGUACAAACUUCACUCCACAUGUCAUCACCGUCGCUGCAGGAGAGGAUGUUACCAUGAAAAUAAUUUCAUUCUCCCAACAAGGGCCUCGAGCUAUAUGUAUUCUCUCUGCUAAUGGUGCAAUUUCAAAUGUUACACUUCGUCAGCCUGAUUCUUCUGGUGGAACUUUGACGUAUGAGGGUCGGUUCGAGAUUCUUUCUUUGUCGGGUUCAUUCAUGCCCACUGAGAGCGGAGGAACACGGAGUCGAUCUGGUGGUAUGAGUGUCUCUUUGGCAAGUCCAGAUGGUCGUGUUGUUGGUGGUGGAGUUGCUGGUCUAUUAGUAGCUGCCAGUCCUGUUCAGGUUGUGGUGGGGAGUUUUCUGUCAAGCACUCUCCAGGAACCCAAGCCCAAGAGACCAAGGCACGAGUUUACUACAUCAGCUACAGCAACAGCUGCAAUUCCUAUAUCCAGUGCAGAUAUGGACGAGGGAUGCGGACACCGUAAUUCAGCCCCAAAAUCAAAUCUAGCUCCUUCCUCUUCGUUCCGUGGAGAUAAUUGGGCUUCUUUACACAAUGUGCAUGACUCGAGGAACUCAGCCACUGACAUUAACAUUUCUUUGCCUGAAGGAGCUAACUGAUGGUGCUCUCACCACUGCCGUAAUGGUUACUCACUGACCAGAGUCGUGUGUCUUGCUUGUUCAUUAUCCGAAAGCUACCAAAUAUAUUUGAAACUUCACCUUGUUGUGUCUGACUUGUCUGUAUACACAUCAACCAUUUGACAUUCUUAAAGGAUGACCUGGGAUGUAAUGUAACAACCUGACGAAUCCCAACCCAGGUCUGUAGUGUUUGUACUUUUUUAUUCCGGCAGGUAGGAAUUUUAAUAUUGUCGACUGGGUUGAUCUUGAUGUGUAGUUGUGAUUGUAGGGUUUUAUGCUGUUGUUAUCUCACAUUUCUGGGUAGAAUCAUUGGAAUGUAUGUCGCUUGUUUAAUGUGCUCA